AUGUAUGUGACCCUUUGUCUGGUGGUGGUGUGCUUGUUGGGCUCACUGAGAAUUGUUGCUGACGGACUGGAAGGGCGCAAAGACCGCAGCGUUCAAGCAUUCGGGGACCAAAUCCGUAGUAACUACGAGCAACGCCUGAGGCAAGCCCAGGAAAAUGAGGAACAAGCAAAUGGCACUGAAUACAGCAAUACCAACGAUCAGGGAGACGCAGAGCUCGAUGAGGAAAUGCCAGAUGAACCCGUGGAGAGCACAGGAACACGGAAGCGCAAAUCACAGGCCGCGUUGAAAGCGAUUAAGGCCGCGAAGCAAAAGAAAGAGCAAGCCAAACAAGAUGGCGAUGCAAGGAUCUUUAAUUCCAUGGCCAGUGGCAAGAAAUCCGGCAGCUUGCUUCCUGGUCAGCUUGAGAAUUGCGAAUAUUGCAAAAAGCGCUUCACUGUCACUUCAUAUUCUAAAUCAGGAUCGAAGGGUGGCCUUCUGUGUCCUCCUUGUUCAAAACGAGAAGAGCUUCGGGACCGACAAAGCAAAAAGUCACUUGUAAAUAAAAACAAACGGAGCCGGCGUCAGAAUGUUAGCAAGAUCCUGGAUGGCAUUGUCCAAUCCGGCGCUCCAAGCCUUGUUGAGACUUGCAUUAAAAAAGUUGCUGAUCAUAUCACCGAUGUUGAUGAAUUUGGUGAUCUCCCUCCUGAUCUUAUCCUGAGCAUUAGCCACAUUUUGUCCAAGCGACGGGCAUUGACGUCUUUAACUCUGGACCUGUUCCUCCGUGGUGAUGUCACCGCCAUUGAUAUAUAUGAUUGUGGCAAACUGGAAGAGGACGAUUUUCAUAAAAUCUUUGCUACCACGCCAUACCUUGAAAGGGUAAACCUACGGUUUGCGGGUCAAUUGAAAGAUAAGCAGCUCGAGUACAUGAUGAAUCACAAUAAAUUCAUAAAACAUAUCCAUCUCGAUGCAUCCAACCUUAUUUCAAAUGAAGGCUGGCAGAAUUUGUUCAAAACAUACGGAUCGCAGCUUGAAAGCCUCAAAUUAUCCAACUUGGACUACUCGUUGGAUGACAAGUCGAUCUCCGUAAUGGCUAAACAUUGCACGAACUUGCGUCGCCUAAAGCUCAAAACCUGUUGGCUACUAGGCGACGAUGCACUCAGUUCCAUCUCGACGCUUUCCAACCUAGAGCACUUGUCCUUGGAUUUUCUCAAAGAGACAUCUGCAGCAGCGCUGCUGGAGGUAGUCGAUAGACUUGGACCUAAUCUUCAGAGUUUGUCGCUCAGCAGCUUCAAAAACGCCGACGACACGGUCUUGGAUAUGAUACAUCAGCGCUGCAGAAGGCUUUCCAAACUACGCUUCUCGGACAACUGCAUCUGCACCGAUACGGCGUUCGCGCUCCUCUUCACUGACUGGGAGAACCCACCUCUCACAUACGUGGAUGUUUCUGGCACCCGUGAUGUGGACAACGCAAAUCCCAACGGCCCCGAAGACCCUGUCGGACUCGCCUCGGCAGGCUUUCAAGCGCUAAUGAACCACUCAGGGAAGCACCUCGAAACUCUCAACAUCUGCUCAUGCCGACACAUCUCGCAUACCUCAUUAUCUGCUGCCUUCGAUGGGACCCGCAACAAGUAUCCCUGUUUGAGGGAGUUUGACAUUUCGUUCCACACGUCUGCGGAUGAUUUUCUUGUCCUCUCCAUCUUCAAAUCCUGCCCUGCACUAAGGAAGGUUAUUGCGUUUGCCUGUUUUGGCAUUCGAGAUAAUUUGGACGAAUUAUGCUUCGAGAUUCCUCAUUUGUCCGAUCUCUUUGUGAUCCAACUAUCCUAA